GACGAUUUCUUACAGCCACCACCACCACCAUCACCACGCCCUAUUUCUAGCUGACCGCUCGCUUGAGUCACCGCAAUUGUCGACAUAAGGAUCGUCUCUCCCCUUCUUGCGGUCUGCUUUUUGUCAGCGCGGCGCUUCCGAGUCGAUUUUUUAUCACUUAUAAGAGGAUUCCAUCUUGACACCACCUCACGAAUCCAUCACCAACAAACUCAAUAAAACACUUCGCAAAGCUAUCAAAAUGAAGGUCUUUUCCAACACAGAAACCUUCAAUUACUCAUGGGAAGAGGUAUCGACUGCCAACUGGCGGAAGUACUGCCCAUGGAACGAGAAGUCAACGCACGUUGUCGCCGUCGAUACCAUCAGCCGCAGCGUUGACCCUGCCACCGGCAUCCUGCGCACCGAGCGCCUCAUCACCUGCCGUCAGGCUGCUCCGGAAUGGCUCAAGAGCAUGAUGGGCGGCGGCAUGGACGAGUCGCAGGUGUUUGAGACUUCAUACGUCGACCCCAAGACCAAGACCGUUACCAUGGUCUCCACAAAUAUCACCUGGAGCAACUUGCUCAACGUCCAGGAGACCGUCGUCUACUCGCCCCUCUCCGACCACCAGACCAAGUUUCACCAGGAGGCCCAGAUCACCGCUCUGGCUGGUGGCUGGCAGCGCAUCAAGAACAGCAUCGAGGACACCCUUGUCAAGAGGUUCCGGGAGAACGCGGCUAAGGGCAAGGAAGGAUUCGAGUCCGUGCUGGCCAUGAGCAGGCGCGUCUUUGCCGAGGAAAGGGAAAGGGAGAAGAUGGGCCUCAUCAGGGAGCAAGCGGGGAACAUCCGCAUGGCUGCCUAAGUCUCUCUUUACGAUCCGAGGUCGCUCUGACAUGCUCGAUUUAUUUCUGCAUCGUCGGGGCGAUUGAGCGACGGCACCAUCAUCACAUAUAGCAGCAGCAGCAAUGCCGGCAGCGCAUCAUCAAAUCGCUUGCCUCGAUCGUGACGCCAAAUCACGACAUUCGCCGACACACACACGU